AUGGACGUUGGAAGAAGUAGACUUAGACGGCUGAUAGCGCUGCUACUGUUGGCGCUGCUCACACCGACUAGUGCUUGGGAAUGGGCCGACAUGCUGGGAGGAAUCGGCCCUGCAUCGUUUCAGACGAAAACUUUGUCCAUGCAAGAAGUUCAAAGCAUGCGCGUACGAGACAUCAAACGACGGCUGGGGAGAACACAUGGCUAUGCGGCUGACGAACUUGGACGAAUGCUUGACAAGAAAGAUUUGAUUCAAGCACUCGCAUUUGAGGAGCACAAAGAGAGAGAAAGAGAAACAAAAGAAUUUAAACGAGCUCUAAUGACACGUGGGAUUGUAGUGGCUCUUAUUGCAGUUUUGGUCGUUCUUGGAUGGCCGCUCUGGGAACAACUCUACGCUGUUGCUAGCGUCAAUUUUGUGGUCUAUACGGAUCGAAAAUGGCAUGAGGUAAAACGAUGCACGGAGCUGAGAUCAGGAAUGGGUGCAUUUGGAAUUCUUCUCAUGGCAAUCGUUGAUGGGCUUCAACUUUGGCUAUCCGCUUCUAUUCUGCUGUCAUGGUUCACUUCUUCAAAAUACUUCUUUCCAACCCCCUCCUUACCCUUUCGACCAGCUCAAUUUAUGGGUGACCAAGUUGCUUCUGGGCCACUGAGCAAAUAUGGCCUGAACAUUGGUCCGAUGGCAGUUUCAUGGGUGUUCCGGUUUGUGAAUGGUCAACUGGAAUCCUUCACUGGACGUGCUCUUUCUCGUGCCUAUCAGAAACAAAAGAAAUCUUCCAGAGACACCGAAUCUCCCGAAGAAAGAGCAGCUCGGAAAGCUGCCCGAAAAGCAGCAAAGAAGGCAGCAAGAGAGGAUGCUGAACGAAAGAGGCAAUCGGAUCAAGAAGCUGAAGAGAAAAGGCGGAAAGAAGAGGCCGAGAAAGCAACAUCCAAUCUAUUCCCAACAGAAUCUCAAGCGGAAAGGGGCAACCUAGAAGAAUCUCGAAAAGCUUUUCAAGAACAAGUCGAAUCUUUUAACUUGGAUGAUUUAGAUUAA